UCCGGGAGAUCUGAGCCUGGUUGGAACACAGGAUGCUGUCCAGCCCUUGAGAUGUCCUCUGGUGCCUAACUGGCCAAGUCCCUCCUCUCAGCAAUAAAAGCAAAACAUCGGGGAGUCCUGUGGCUAUGGGCUAUACCGCCUGCUUACGAGGCCAGCAAGCCUCUCCCAGCUAGCUCAAGAGGUGGCUGUGAAAGGUAAGGAGCUUGUUUCCUUCUCACGUCUAGCAGGUGUGAUAAAAAGAAAGGGACCAUUCAGCAAACGCAUCUGACUCCCAAAUGAGGACUGACUGACUCCCAGCAGUACUUGAAGCAGAGCACUUGCGGUGGGUGUCUGGCAAGAGAGGGGGUGGACGGGUUUGUGCUGAGUGCUUCCCUGGGUUGCAAACCCAAGGUAACCUUUCAGGAGACAAAGUCUUAGUGUGUGUGGGUCAAGAAGCAGAAAGCAGUAUGCCAGCUGCUCUGAAAGGCUCCGAUGCUGACUAUCAUUUGAACCACUGAGGCAGGGCGUAGGAAGCGAGUUCUGGAGGGGGCUGCAGUGUGGGGCAAGGGACGCUGCGUGAGUGUGGAGGAGAGAGCCCUUAAAGCGUUCAAAGAUCAAACGUAGCCUUCACAAUUCUCUGGAGAAAGAGGUUCUCCUUGUGCCCACUGAGUUUGUUAAUGUGUUCCCCUGUCUUUCCCACAUCGCUCCCCACUUCUGUCUGGCUCCAGCCUUGUCUGCCUGGGGGUCACCCUGGCCUGCUCAGUCCUGGUGAGAGCUGGGGCAGAUGGACUAGCUGUGCUGCUGGUGCCCAUCUAGCUGAAAAAAGUUGUAACUUGAGAGAUUUUGUGGGCAGAGCAGGUUCCCAAAACCUCCAUGUCACCCCAUUCUGUAUUAGGCAAAUGGGAGUAUGCCAGUCAAUUCCCAAAGGAGUUUCUUUGUGGAGGGGGAGGGAGAGGAAGUUGUAGAUUCACUGGGUCAUUGCUCUCUCACCAGGUAAUGGCAUGUUUGCCUAGCUCAAAGUAAGCCACACCUCUGAUUUUUGUGAUACAGGGAACUUGUUUCCACACAGUAUCAGUGAAAUUUACUGGGGCAGAAAAAGAAUGUUCUCAUUAUAAAUCUUGGCAAUUCAUCCCUGGACGAUCAAGGACGGGGCGUUUCUUUAAGCUCUGCCAGCAAGUUCAGAUCUCCUGUCAUUUCCGUGAAUCAUAAUGAAGGUUGCAAGCUACUUAUUUACUUUUUUCAAUCUGUGCAGGAAGUCUGAGCUAAUAUAGGUGGAGAGAUGGGAUUAUAAUUGCCAUGGUGAGUCUGAGUUCCUGCUGCCUGCUUUGGGUGUGGAGAGAUUUUUUUGUUGGUGGUGCGGCUGUACCUGGCCUGGGAAGGAGAAUCCUGUCUUCGAAGCGUGUUGCCAGGAGUGCUGAUGUGCCAGAGCCGCGGCCAUGCUGCAGCAGAUCCUGGCAGACAUGUACAUCGAUCCUGAGCUGCUGGCAGAGCUCAGUGAGGAGCAGAAACAGAUCCUCUUCCUCAAGAUGAGGCAGGAGCAGGUCAGACGGUGGAAGGAGACAGAAGCUGCCGCAGACAAGAACUCAGCGAAGAAAGUGACCCAGAGGAAAGCACACGGGAAGUCGGUGAAGUGGAAGCUCGGUGCGGACAGCGAAGUCUGGGUCUGGGUCAUGGGCGAGCACACGUCGGAUAAGCCUUACGAUGUGAUCUGCGAGGAAAUCCAGGCACGGAGGGCUCAGCAGGAAGCAGGGGAAGCCAGAGGAAGUCAAACAUUCCUUGAACCGGCUGCACCAUGGUCCCUGCAUUCUCAGCCAGGAGCCCUGGCUGGGGCAGAUGCCAAAAGGAAGGAGGAAGAUAUGAUAACAGCUGCUAAAAAGGAGAGAAGCUUGGAUUGUGCUCAGGCUGCUCCCAGUAAAGGCAGAGACGUGCAGCAGAUGUUGGCCGAUUCCAAGGCUCAGACAAGGAAGUACGACUUUCAGCAGGGGAAGGAUUUAGCAAGGAGGCGGCCAGGAGGGAUGAGAGCAUCUGCGGAGAGGGCGCUGCAGACUAACACCGACCAGAAGGAGGCCCAGGAGUCAGGGCAGAAAUCGGACAAGGACGAUCCCGAGUGGCAGGAAUCCUUGAGGAAAUCCAAAGCCGCUGAUGAGAGGAGACGCUCCAUUGCAAAGCAGGCCAGGGACGACUACAACAGGCUGUCACUGCAAGGGAUCCGCAAAGGGAAGGUAGCCGAAGUUUCCAAGAAUUUUGGGAGCAAGGAGCGCAGCUUGCCCCCUCGUCCUUCCCUUCCACCCAAGCCUAAAACCCUAAACUCUGGGGUAGCCAAUGGGAGGCCCCACAGGAAUCUGGGCGUGCAGAGGACCAUCUCCACUUCCACCCAGGAGAGCAUCGUCAGGUGGUUUAAAGAAGAGCAGUUUCCUCUUCGGGCUGGUUAUGAGAAAUCCACGGACAGGAUAGCACCCUGGUUCCAUGGUAUCGUAACUCUCAGGCAAGCAGAGGAGCUCCUGAGCAAAUCGGUGCCCGGGAGCUUUCUGGUCCGGGUCAGUGAGAAAAUCAAAGGCUACGCACUCUCCCUUCUGUCCCCGGAGGGCUGCAAGCACUUCCUAAUAGAUGCCUCCAGCAACUCCUACAGCUUCCUGGGAGUGGACCAGUUGCAGCAUUCGACACUGGCCGACCUUGUCAACUACCACAAGGAGGAGCCCAUCACUUCUUUGGGGAAAGAGCUGCUGCUUUACCCAUGUGGCCAACAGGGCCCGGAACCUGACUACCUUGAGCUUUUUGAGUGAAAGUCUCCAUUCCCACCUUGUGACACAAACCGGGGCCUUCCCCUGAAUGAACAGAUGAACGGUUGUCCGAGAGACGGACCCCCUCCUCCGCACAAGUGUCCAUAUCUGAAAAUGUUUCGCAGCAAAGCAGCGAAAAGGCAAUUACUGCUGGGCGCUGCUCUCUGUUCGCAGCAACACGCCGCAGCAUUCAGCAGCCUAGCAAGCCAUGAAGGAGCGCUAGCAGCUUCAACUUGAUUGUUGUAGGGUUAGCUCAGGAACAAACCUGUUGAAGGAAGAUACUGCCACAUGGUAGAGUGAUAGUUUGUGUAAAUGACUCUGGGCUGUCUCUGAUUAAGCUGCAUUUUGCCCUCAACUGCUGCAGCACAAAUUGCCAUUAAAGGGAUGUCGCGGGAUGUUUGCCAGAAGUGCAGUGAAAUUGGUAUUUUAAACUCAGAAAGGGGUUGCCUCUGUUCAAAGGGGGUGAAGCCACAUCAAGGAGGGGACUUGGCCCCUAGUGGUAAGGUGCAUAAUUGCAGAUCAGUCCUGCAAGAGGCUGAAUCCUUUGGAGUCAGUGGGAGUAGAGGUCGGUCGAUGUGCUGCAGCAUCGGGUCCACCAUAAAAUCCACCCCAUGCAGAGGGGCCAGCACAAGACCUGUGCAGUGCAUGAACCCACAUAAUCCCGUAAUAUAGGGCUUCAGUGGGGCUUACUCGCUGACUAAGCUUUGUGCUGGCCCCUCUGCACGGGGGGAGGGGGAAUGAUGCCCUUUGGAGAUGGAGGGAAACAGUAAGUUUGUUAAAUAAAGAAACCAAGUUGG